CGAGGGCAGCGGAGGAGGCGAGGAGCGCCGGGUACCGGGCCGGGGGAGCCGCGGGCUCUCGGGGAAGGGACGGAUGAUGAACAAGCUUUACAUCGGGAACCUGAGCCCCGCSGUCACUGCCGACGACCUCCGGCAGCUCUUUGGGGACAGGAAGCUGCCCCUGGCGGGACAGGUCCUGCUCAAGUCAGGCUACGCCUUCGUGGACUACCCCGACCAGAACUGGGCCAUCCGCGCCAUCGAGACCCUCUCGGGUAAAGUGGAAUUGCAUGGGAAAAUCAUGGAAGUUGAUUACUCAGUCUCUAAAAAGCUAAGGAGCAGGAAAAUUCAGAUUCGAAACAUCCCUCCUCACCUGCAAUGGGAGGUACUGGAUGGACUUUUGGCUCAGUAUGGGACGGUGGAGAAUGUGGAACAAGUCAACACAGACACAGAAACUGCUGUUGUCAACGUUACCUAUGCAACAAGAGAAGAAGCAAAAAUAGCCAUCGAGAAGCUAAGUGGGCAUCAGUUUGAGAACUACUCCUUCAAGAUUUCCUACAUCCCGGAUGAAGAGGUGAGCUCCCCUUCGCCCCCUCAGCGAGCCCAGCGUGGGGACCACUCUUCCCGGGAGCAARGCCACGCCCCCGGGGGCUCUUCUCAGGCCAGACAGAUUGAUUUCCCGCUGMGGAUCCUGGUCCCCACCCAGUUUGUUGGUGCCAUCAUCGGAAAGGAGGGCUUGACCAUAAAGAACAUCACUAAGCAGACCCAGUCCCGGGUAGACAUCCAUAGAAAAGAGAACUCAGGGGCAGCAGAAAAGCCUGUUACCAUCCAUGCCACCCCAGAGGGGACAUCUGAAGCCUGCCGCAUGAUUCUUGAAAUCAUGCAGAAGGAAGCUGAUGAGACCAAACUAGCUGAAGAGAUCCCUCUGAAAAUCUUGGCCCACAAUGGUUUGGUUGGAAGACUGAUUGGCAAAGAAGGCAGAAAUUUGAAGAAAAUCGAACAUGAAACAGGGACCAAGAUAACAAUCUCAUCUUUGCAGGAUUUGAGCAUAUACAACCCUGAACGAACCAUCACUGUGAAGGGCACAGUGGAAGCCUGUGCCAACGCUGAGAUAGAGAUCAUGAAGAAGCUACGUGAGGCCUUUGAAAACGAUAUGCUGGCCGUUAAUCAACAAGCCAAUCUGAUCCCAGGGUUGAACCUCAGCGCACUUGGCAUCUUUUCAACAGGACUGUCCGUGCUGCCACCACCAACAGGGCCCCGCGGAGCUCCCCCCGCUGCCCCCUACCACCCCUUCGCUACACACUCCGGAUACUUCUCCAGCCUGUACCCCCAUCACCAGUUCAGCCCGUUCCCGCAUCAUCACUCUUAUCCAGAGCAGGAGAUUGUGAAUCUCUUCAUCCCAACCCAGGCUGUGGGUGCUAUCAUUGGGAAGAAAGGGGCACACAUCAAACAGCUGGCUCGAUUUGCAGGAGCUUCCAUCAAGAUCGCCCCAGCAGAAGGCCCAGAUGUCAGUGAAAGGAUGGUCAUCAUCACCGGACCACCAGAAGCGCAGUUCAAGGCCCAGGGACGAAUCUUUGGGAAACUGAAAGAAGAAAACUUCUUUAACCCCAAAGAAGAGGUGAAGCUGGAAGCCCACAUCAGAGUGCCCUCUUCUACAGCUGGCCGUGUGAUUGGCAAAGGUGGCAAGACCGUGAAUGAACUGCAGAACUUAACCAGUGCAGAAGUCAUUGUGCCUCGAGACCAAACACCAGAUGAAAACCAGGAAGUGAUCGUCAGAAUUAUCGGGCAUUUCUUUGCUAGCCAGACUGCACAGCGCAAGAUCAGGGAAAUUGUACAACAGGUGAAGCAGCAGGAGCAGAAAUACCCUCAGGGAGUCGCCUCACAGCGCAGCAAUACAGCAGAGGAAGAUGGUGAACUCAUGGGAUUCCAGAGUAGCCACGUGCCUCCUAAAUCACUUAAAAUGGGGCAUCCUUAA